AUGAUCAGCGGAUCCGUGGAAGACGGGUUUCUUCAACCACUCUAUAUUAACUCAUUUCUUGACAUUAUGUCAUUACGUUCAUCGCCUUCAAUGUUCACAAAUCGUUCGUACUCGACUUCAACCAUUGUUCAACUCAUCAUUGCUAAUAUCACCGAAUCAAUACUCAUCUCAGACGAGUCCACUGUUCUUCCAUAUGGUUUCAAUGAAAACAUUAGUUCACUUGUUCGCUAUCGACUUCUCUAUCGUGAUUAUCAUGGAAUAAUAUCAAGCUUUGUCUGUAUAUUUGGUUUAACAUGUAAUUUAUUUAAUAUUAUUGUAUUAACGCGUCCAUUAAUGCGUUCAUCAACAAACACGAUUCUCACUUCGUUAGCACUAUCUGAUUUAUUAAAGAUGUUAUUUGUUUUACCGGCUGUUAUUAUAUUUUAUUGUUUGCCUUCGAGUGAAUUGAAAAGUGAACCAGAUCCAACCUCGUACUUUCAAGUCCAGUUCUACAUGAUACAUAUGCUUUUCACGUUGACACUACAUUGUAUAAGUACAUGGUUGACAGUGUUUCUCGCCGCUUUUCGCUACGUAUUUCUUAAUUGUAAAACUUUAUCCGCGUAUGUUUCCUCGCCUGAACGAGCUUUAUUCGGUGUUAGUAUGGUUGUUCUUUUAUCAACGACACUUUGUAUUCCAUCGUAUGUUGGACAUCAUAUUGUGAAAGCCUAUCAAAAUGACACAUCAUCGGAGCCUAUUAAACAAAUCGUCUUUUAUCGUUUCGAAGAAACCUCGUUUAGUAAAUCAUUGUCAUUACGUGAAACUGUCUUUGUUUUACAUAGCGUGAUAUUCAAGUUAAUUCCAUGUGCACUUUUGUUGUUGUUCAGUUUUCUAUUAAUUCAACAGUUAAGAAAUGCGUUACGGCAAUCUGAGAAAGCACAUCGACAUUCAUCAACGACGACAACUUCGUCAUCCAAUGGUGGACGGAUUCGAGGCCGAAAACGUGAAAAUGAAAAUCGCCGAACAACUUUAAUGUUAGUUAUCGUCUGUGUAUUAUUUCUGGUUACGGAACUACCUCAAGGUGCAAUUUUAUUAUUAGCGUUUUUGUCUAAAACUAAGUCGAAGUAUUAUUCCGAUAUUUAUCAACAUCUCGGUGAUACGUUUGAUAUCUUAGCUUUGAUAAAUAAUUCAGUUAACUUUCUUCUUUAUUGUCUCAUGUCACGAGCGUUUCGCGACACGUUUAAACAAAUCUUUUGCUUGUGUGAAAACGAUAAUCGUCAUUCGUCGAGUACAUCACCUGCCCAAGGAUUGCCGGUUAAACCACGACAUUUGAACGCGUCAGCAACAUACAACACGCUGCUAACACAUAAAUAUUCCGACAGUUGCGGAGCAAGUCUUUCUCCAAUCAUUAAAUCCUUAUCUGAUAAUCCGAAAAAACGCAAAGGAUUUCAUUUUUUAAAACAAACCAAUUCGAUUGCACUGUAA